UUGUUUUCUAAACGGAAACACAAAUCGUUUCAUUUUAUUGUGAUCUAUUGUAAUGCCAGGUAACCCAUGGAAGCAUGGUUCCACGAUUUUUCGUGAUUAUGCCAAAACUUUCGGCCAAAAAUUCGCGGAAGCCACUAUUGAAGGUCUGAACGGGCUUAGCGUUGGCAUCGAUGUUAUUCCUUUAAAAGCAAAAAAAUCAGAAAAAAUGUAUCGCGCCAUUAGCCCGGAGGACGACCGGAUGCGAGUGAAUUUUCGAUUUGCUGGCCAGCGAGGCAACCGGCGAGCAGCUAGCAGUGCUUCGUCUAACCAACAUUUCGGAAGAUCUCAUACGCAGCCAAACCAGGCAUUUCCAGGAGAUUCACGGAGAUCUGCGGCUGGUGAUCACUAUUCUCACAACUACGGACAGCCGAGAUUUGGAGGAAGCCACCGUGGAGGCUCAAGCAAUGUAUUCGAGUAUGGACCGUCUGGUGGAAGCGACUUUUCUUCUCCUUCGACAUCUGGGCAUCAAGAACGUGGCCAUGCUCCGCAGCAUCCAAAAGGGCUGCGUGGCAAAGCUGCCGCUGAUUACUGGAGAAACUAUGGUCGCAUGAAGAAGGCUGAAAAAAUUGCCAAUGGGACAUGUACGAAAAAUCCGAAAAAGGACAGGAGUGCUGAACUUCUUCGAAUGCAAAUUCCUAGCAAGGAUGUAGGGAGUCUGAAGCGAAUUUUGAAAGCUUUUCGUGAAAAUCCUUUACCCGUUCUAAACAAACCAAAGAUGCAACCUAAACCAAAGCCUGCAUGCAUAACAAUUGACGAAACGGACGACGGAGACGUUAUUACCAGCUGGCAAGAAGAGGAGGUCGAAGAACUGGAAGAAAUUUUUGAUAUUGCCGAUGCUAAAGGCGAAGAAGAAAAUUUGAAUUCUGUGACACCCCUUUCUGCUGAAGUUCUCAGUAGCCUCAGCGCGGAUAUCUAUCACGACUGGCAGAAAAAGCAGCGCACUGAUGCGUAUCAUAAUAUGCUGAGCUUCCGAAAAAAGCUACCAGCUUAUAUAGCGAAAGAGCAUUUGCUGAAGACUGUUCAGGAUAACCAGGUCUGCGUUGUAAGUGGGGAAACGGGAUGUGGGAAAACUACGCAACUGCCUCAGUUAAUAUUGGAUGAUUAUAUCUCGCGCCAUGAGGGGGCUUCAUGCAGGGUUGUAUGUACGCAACCGCGGCGAAUCAGUGCGAUUUCGGUAUCGGAGCGUAUUGCCAAAGAGCGUGCAGAGAAUCUUGGCGAGUCAGUUGGCUACCAGAUUCGCUUAGAAAAGAGAUUAUCUCGGGAGCGUGGAUCCAUUUUGAUGUGUACCACGGGGAUACUGUUGCAGUGGCUGAGCAGUAAUCGAAAUCUCGAAGGGAUUUCCCACAUCAUUGUCGAUGAAAUCCACGAGCAGGACGUUCUGUCUGAUUUUUUGCUGAUCAUUUUGAAAGAUCUCCUUCCGAUCCGGCCUACCUUGAAAAUUAUUCUGAUGUCUGCUACUAUUAACGCUCAAAAAUUCAGCGAUUACUUUGGCGGAUGCCCAUUGGUAGAGAUUCCUGGGCGAAUUUUUCCGGUUCAAGAACAUUUUCUGGAAGAUGUGCUGGCUCUGACGAAUUAUCACCCCCCUCAGGACAGAAGAGAUUAUCGUCGUCGGCAUGCGAAUUAUGACCACACUAAGGAGGAAUUUUUGUGUAAAAUAAGACAAACGCACCCCCGACAUGUUUACGACGCCAUACAGGAUUUUUCGGAUCGCCAAAUCGACUACGAGUUAAUCAACACUCUUGUGCGGCACAUCCAUCGCAAGUUUCCUUUGGAUGAAGCAGUUUUGAUUUUUCUACCCGGCUGGGAAGAUAUUCGGAAAAUGAAUACUUUGCUGGAAAGCUGUUUUAGUGCUAACUCAAUGCUGAUUAUUCCGCUGCAUUCGAUGAUUCCCACGGUUGAUCAGCGAGUCGUAUUUGACCGCCCAGUUGGUCGUCGAAAGGUCGUUGUGGCUACAUCCAUUGCGGAAACUAGUAUCACGAUCGAUGAUGUCGUACAUGUGAUUGACACUGGAAAAAUAAAAGCGAAGCAUUUCGACGUGGAGAAAAAUAUCAGCACAUUGACCCCUCAGUGGGUGUCUGUAUCUAAUGCCAGACAACGAAAAGGGAGAGCGGGAAGAGUGACGAGUGGCCAUUGCUAUCGGCUGUACACUUCUCACCAAUUUGGGAAGUUUUCGCCCUAUCCUCUUCCGGAAAUUCAGCGCACACCAUUGGAAGAGCUGUGUCUUCAAUUGAAGCUCCUUCGCUUGGGUAAGGUUAGCCCAUUUCUGCAGAAGGCGAUGGAACCUCCGUCUGAACAGGCCAUUCAGAACGCCCUGGAUCUACUGAUGCACAUUGAAGCUUUGGAUGACAAAGAACAAUUAACAUCACUUGGAAAUCUUUUGGCGCGCAUGCCGGUUCCUCCGCAGUUGGGAAAAAUGAUGUACUUGGCGUGCAUUUUUGGGUGUCUUAAUCCGGUGUUGAAUAUCUGUGCGGCAUUGAGCUAUCGUGAUCCAUUUACUGCUCCUUUGGGGAAGGAACAAGAGGCUCAAGCGGCAAAGAAUGCAUUCGGUGAAAAUUGUAACGGCGAUCAUCUAUUAGUGCACAAUGCUUUGGAGGCUUAUAAGGCGGCAGUGGAUCGAAGAGAGGAUUUGCGGGAUUUUUGCUGGGAUAAUUAUAUGUUUCCAUCAACCUGCAGGCAAAUUUUAAAAAUGAAAGGCCAGUUCGCCCGCAUUCUCCAUGAGUCGGGAUUUUUGCGGUCAUUUGAUUUGUACGAUCCGCACGCCAAUCGAAAUUCUGAUAACUAUGCGGUUGUUCGUUCUGUCAUUGCCGGUGGACUGUAUCCCAAUCUGGGUAGGCUCCGACCAGUUAAACAUAAGAAGCAGACACCACGGAUUAUGGUGUCGGAGGAGGAAAUCGUUAGCGUACAUCCAAAAAGUUGUUUUUCCCCUGGAGGAGUCGCCAAUGGAGUUUAUGGACCGGCAGUCUUCUUUGAAAAGAUGAAAACAACAUCACUCUUCGCUUACGAUUUGAGUGUGGUGUCGCCUGUGGCAGCCUUUCUCUUCGCCAAAGCUGUACUUUUGGUAGCACGUGAGAAAAGGGAUGCGAACGAUAUGACGGUAGUCAUCGACGAGCGAUUGGAAAUAGGCAAAACCAAUCAGGAAACGUUCGAGCUUUUAUGCGAACUGAAAACAGCGUUCCAUGAUGUCUUGCUGCAUAUUUUUGAAUCUCCUGCUCGGACGGAGGUGAUGAAUGCCGAAGCGCGAGCGUUGGUGGAGACAGUCUCUGGUCUCAUGGAAAAUAUGUGAAGCUUGCCCAAUUUGCAUGAUUGGGUGUAAUAAUGAAAGUUUGGGGUUUUUUAUGCAAUUUUUUGCAGUAGUUUAUAAUUGUGAGUGCUUCAGUUGUGUACCAGCCCUCUUUGUACCGGUAUGAUUGGACUGAGGAUCAUUGCUGUGCCACAUUGUGAUCUUUCUGCGAUGUUACUGUACUGAAUUUGAUGUAAUGCUAUCCGAGCUGAAGACAAUUAACGAAAGAAAAUUAUGGUGAAUUUACCAAA